GAUGCGAAAGUUGCAGUGGUGUUUUCCAUCACAGAGCGAAACAGGGAGGAGAGGAGGGUUCAUUUUUAGAGGGAACAUUUUUCAGACCAGCACGGCAGCACCAGCGCCAUUUGCUCUAGAGCAACCUUUAUAGAAAAUUUUCAGAGAACAAACACAAUUCACACAAUGCCAAACAUCAAGCUGCAGAGUUCCGAUGGAGAAACAUUUGAGGUUGAUGUCGAAAUUGCCAAGUGUUCAGUAACCAUCAAAACAAUGCUUGAGGAUCUAGGAAUGGAUGAAGAUGACGAAGAAGUUGUUCCUUUACCCAAUGUCAAUUCUGCUAUUCUACGUAAAGUAAUUCAGUGGGCAACUUACCACAAAGAUGACCCACCACCACCAGAGGAUGAUGACAAUAAGGAAAAACGUACUGAUGAUAUCUCAUCAUGGGAUGCUGAUUUCCUCAAAGUAGAUCAAGGAACUCUGUUUGAACUCAUCUUGGCUGCCAAUUAUCUGGAUAUUAAAGGCUUGCUGGAUGUUACUUGCAAGACUGUUGCAAACAUGAUCAAGGGUAAAACCCCAGAAGAGAUUCGCAAGACCUUCAACAUCAAGAACGAUUUCACCCCUAGUGAGGAAGAGCAAGUCCGCAAGGAGAACGAGUGGUGCGAAGAAAAGUAAAUUAUCUCGACGAAAUUUUGUUUUCACAUGUUACAUGUACCUUUGUAUCCAACUUCAUGUUUUCAAGCCAAGAAUACAAUAAAUUAAAAAGCA